UCCACCUGUCUUUUCCCAAUUCCCACACCACAGUAAGCCUAAACCCACAAGAAAUGGCAGCUAAGCAGACAGUGGCAAUUAUUGCUUUCACCUUCUUUGCCCUAACAUUCUGUAGGGGCGCGACGGGACAGGCAGCGGCGCCCGAGCCGGCAGCUGUGGCCUUGGGGCCAUCAGCGGAGGCACCGGCGUCGGAUUGUUUCAAUGCGUUAUUGAACUUAUCGGAUUGCUUGACGUUCGUGGAGGCAGGGAGCAAUCUGACGAAGCCGGACAAAGCGUGCUGCCCGGAGCUGGCGGGGCUUGUGGAGAGCAGUCCACAGUGUUUGUGCAAAUUGUUGGAUAAUAAGACUGCUUCCGGGAUCGGGAUCAACAUCGAUAUGAAAAAAGCUCUUGAUCUUCCCACUGUUUGCCGUGUUUCCACUCCUCCUGUUAGUCUCUGCUCAGUUAUCAAUGGCACCCCAGUAGGAGCUCCGGCAAUUUCACCAGGUGGAGGCAGCCCACCAAAUGGAGUUUCUAAAGUGAUUCCCUUGGCAAUCGCUAUUCCACUUUUACCCACACUUUUUCUCCUUUGAUUUCAUCUUCUUCACUCCAUCGCUGUAUUAUUUUAAGGAUGAAAAGAUUUCCAUAUCUUUCCAGCUUAGAAAUCACGCCAUUGAUUACCAUUCCAAGGGAAGAUGCCUUUGUUUAUGUCAAGUUUGAUAAAUUCGUAAAAGUUUUCCAACUAUUUUAUUAUUUAUACUCUGGUCCUUCGAUUUC